AUGCCGAAUCUGUCUUUCGGUGGCCCGAGAGAUCGCCCGCGUGAGUAGUUAUAUACAAUCAGUUCAUUUUUUACGGCAUUCUAACUAGAUCAAGUCCACAAUUGCCCAUCGACCUUUGUUUUCAGAUCAAAAUUGCGGAUGUCUAGUACUAUGGUAGCAAUUCGAGUUUAUAGAGUUUGACAUAGCUAUUUCAUGUAUGCUCGAUGUGUUUACUUUUCAUUUCGUCUCACUCAUGACUGUUGUGUUGUUACUAUAUAAGCUGUGCGUAAAUGCGUUUGUUGUCAAGCAAAAUGACAUUCGAUUUAAUGAUCUGAAAGAAAAAGAACAAUUACCCUAGGCGUAACUUCUCGAGGCGUUAAAAAUUGAAUUUUCGACGGGUUUUUUAUAAACGUAUCGCCGUAGGAAACACUAACCUCGUGUUUCAAACGUUUGUUUUGCUUCCAUAAACUAUUGCGUCAGUGCAGCCGCCCAGCCUUGUUCGGGAAAACAGAUUUCGACACGGGGAAGAUUUUCCCUUAAAAUUGCAGGAAAGAUAACAUUUUCCCUUUACUGAUCUGAUAUUGAUCUUGCAGAAGGUUAUUCAUCUCAUCAUGAUUUGAAAAGAAUUCUUAUUUUCGCAUGUGCAAUUAGUUGUAAAUUUCUGCUGUUGAUUGUUGAGAAAGUUAUGAUUUUGAAUGAAAGUUUUCCAAUAAUCAGAAGGCGAAUUAAAACUGUUUGCAUUUUAUUUGCGCCAGUGAUAAGCAGGAAUAAUCAACGUCUACUUUUGCCUUUAUUCGUUUGGUCAUAAACCAAACAUCUCAUCACGAGAAUUUCCAGUUGAAAGUAAUAUUGUACAUCUCCAAUAGAUCAUAAAAUCAUUAUCCUCAAAACAACAAAAAAGUAACAUAUGCCCUAAAGGAGCAAGGACAGAUUUUGACACAGGGAAGGUUUUCUCUUAAAAUUGCUGGAAAGAUAACAUCUUCCCUUUACUGUCUUCCAUAUUAUACAUGCAUUGCAUGGUUGCUGUAAUAAAUUGCUCUUGACUCUAAAAUUUCUCUUUCUGACUGACCACUUUUAUGUGAGAAAACCUAACACUUGUUUUGGCGGACGGUUUUCCUCUCUAAAUGCUUCCUGUACUUAUCCAGAUGAUAUUUAAAGAUAAGAACAGCCUAAGCUAUACGAUAACCUAAUCUGUCCUUCCUUUAAGGUGCCCAAAUGUGUUUGUGUUAACGAUAUUACAUGCGCUUGGUGAAUUUCGGCCAUUUAUAUUGGGUUCGUUAGGCAAGAGAUAUUGGACAUUCUUCAAACACAAUGUAAAAUUUGUUAGCUUUAAUAAGCUUUUUUUUUCUUCUUAAAACAAGUUCAGAGUUGGCUUGACUUAUACUCUGUAAUAUUACCUUACUUCAACAUCUCUCCAUAAAAACCCUGGACUUAGCCAUCUGGAAAGUUAAUUUUGCAUAUGUAGAUUAAACAACAUAUUAAAUUUUUUCAUUCUCAGUUGUACCAUCUUGGCCAUUUGCGGCACUUUUACAUACCCUAAAUUACUAACAUUCAUCAGUCAUGCCUUCUGGUAGUAGUAUCAGUGGGGUUCAAAAUGGUUCCUAGAAAGAAAUAGGGUUCAGAAAAUCUUGAUCCAAUCGGCAAAUUCAGGGAUCAGCAGGUGUGUGAAUUAGGAAGUCUGUUGGGAAGUUUGGUCUUAACCACUAUGUAUGUUUUGCCAAAGGAGCUUCAAAGAAAGUGCUUUUCAAGAUUUUGGCUUAAUUCUUAUCAGUCAAUUUUGGUGUUUUGCUUUGUACAUAAACAUGAUAUGUUCUGCAGAGUAUGGUCAAGACGAAUGAAUAUAGGUAGAUGAAAAUAAUGAAAUUAAAAAAACAAUACUGGUGGAUCAUUGGUGAAUUAAUUGACUUCAGUUAAUGUAAGAUAUCUCAAACUGAUUUACAUAUGGAUAAAGGCUGGUUGUUUGCUUUGCUUAAGUUGAAGGAGGCUGCCAUGCAGCUGUCUCAUGAUUUUGUAUACAAUUAUAUUGUCGGCAUCUGAAUCCCAGCUAAAAAUAUGAUGUUGGAAUAUCAGUUUCAACAGAGUUUGAACAGUAGUAUUUAUAAGGUUUUCUGCAAGGCUUAAGGUAUAUGUACCUUUGAAAAAAGAUUGGAUGCUUUAGUUUUUUUUCAAACCAAUCACUCCUUAAAAGGUUGAUGUUAGGAGUUCAGGCAGUCAAAAGCUUGAAUGGGCUUCUUUGGAAAGAACUUUAUUAGUUGAACAAUGCUUAAAUUUAACUAUGAUCUAUUGCAGUGGGCUUGGACUCUAUUAAUUAGAAAACUUGAAAUUGCUUUGUCUUUGAGAGUGGGUCAUGUAGAGGUUAGCCAAUUCAUAAAUCAAAAUUGAAACAUACUGUCUGAUUUAAUUUUAAUUAGAAACUCUGCUUUCUACAAGUGUAGAUGCCUUGCAUUUCCUUGUAAAUAAGUGAGGAUAAGUUUUUGCUCAGUAUCAUGAUUCAUGAAAGUUAUUUUAAUCCCCUCCCCCCUCUCUAUAGCUUAUUGAAGUGGUUAUUCUCUUCACCUGCCUGUGUGAAUUAUUUUAUAAUUGCAAUGAGAAGUUAGUUUUUAAUCACAUCAGGGAGUUUAAGAGUCCUUAUUUCAUUAUGGCACUGAGUGUUAUGAAUGGCUAACUGUUUAAGGUUUUUCACAAAGUAAGUGAUUAUGAGAUAUUGCAAGUGCCCAGAUUGGUCAAAAACCGUCUAUCCUUUUUGCACUGGUAAACCCAUAGAAAAUAGAAAAAUUUUAAGUUGAUUUUAAAAAAGCAAUGGAGCAACACUUUCUACCAGUUUACAAACAAAAUAAACCACUUAGGAUGGUUAGGGAACAUUUAUAAAGUUUGUCAAUCACUCACAUCUGGCUUGUGGUUUACAGACUUUUAUCAAGUUCUUUCCAUCAUUUUGCAUGGGUGAUUAUGCCAGUAACCUGAUAGAAAGUGAAGUCUGUUGCUUAAUUUACUGUCUAGUAAGCUUUUAAUUCCAGUAGAGCAAGGAAUGUGAGUUACAGUAUGAUAAAAAAAAAAAAAAAUUGUAUGUUAGACACAAAAUAGUUUGUAAUGAGAAAUUUCUUGCAGAGGUAUCGCCCAUUGCAUUCUCAGAUUACAUUGACCUCACAACUAAAUUUACAUAACAUCCUGAUCAGCAGGUGACUCAAGACUCUUGCUUAUUUUCUUGGAGUUCUAUAGAUGACUUAAGGUAAUGAGUGACUGAUAUUUAUUGCUUAUUAAAUGUUCCUAUCUAGGAGGCUCUAUCUGUGAGCCAAUGAUGCAGACAACAAUGGCAGGAAGAGUGAUGUUGAUUCAUCAGCUGGUGAUGAAGGGCGAUUUAAAAGAGUUGAAGAAGGAGAUUGCAAAGGAUAUAGGUUUGUUGUGAGGUUUAUUACUUGUAAACAGUUCCUUGUCUUCCUAAUAGUCUGCUAAUGAACAUUGUAGAUCUCACAAUGUCCAAAGCCACUUAAUAAGGCCACUAUUAACAGCGAGGGGUGAACAUUAAUACUGGUUGUGGCUGGUCUUUAACAUAAAAGUGUUGGGUGAAGGUCAUUUGCAUGGUAUUAAUUAUAACAGCUAGAAUGUCUCUUGUUACUUAAUAUGAAUGACACUCUGCAGUGUCACAGGGGUGAAAUGUAUACAGCUGUUUCCAGAAAGGUUGGCAGAUUGAAGAGUGUAAAGUGUACAUUACAACCCUGAAAGGAAUUGUGAAAAAAUAUUCCAUCAGGUUACAGUUCUUUGACCUCAGGAUUUCAAAGAAAUCUGAGAAAACAUCUCUGUAAUGAUGAGGCAUCAUGGGUUAGAUGAAUUUAUUUAUUUAUAACAUUAUUGCAUGCACUCUUUUCUUUUUUCCUGACAAACAGCUGUAUACAUUUAAGGUUACAGUAUAUGUACUGUACAUAUUUGUGUUGAACCUGACUUGUUGCUCUAAGUAUAUAUUUAAAUUAUUGCAUGGUAUCUUUUGUUAAAGAUCUUUUAGAUGGCAAGAAUAGUGAGGGGAUGACACCACUUUUCCAGGCUACAAGCUGUAAUAACUUAGAGUGUGUUCAGUUCCUUGUUACAUCUGGUGCAAAUAUUGAUGCACGUGACAAUGUUGGAAGGACUCCAGUUGCUUUGGCAGCUUAUCAGGUAGCAGCCAGUAGCAAUUUUUCUAUAUUUUACAUCUUAUAUUGUAUUUCUCCGAUGAUUCCAUAAUGAUUCUAUUUGCAGCCUUCCUUCCAAUAAGUGCCCCCUCUCUGAUAAGGACCCCCCUUGAAUUUGUUUUUGUCAAUAAGCACCCCUGUUGAGUAAGCACCCUCAUUCCAAUAAACAUCCCAGCCUAUUCUGUUUCAGUAGUAGCACUGUAGGAGUUCAUGAACAUUGAGAUCAACUGACUGGUCCAUCUUCCUUUAUAAAUUGCUCACUUUAAGUCUCACAACAAAAAAGGUGGUCUUUGUCUCAGUUUCUCAACUAUCUAAUGUUGCCAUGGGUGCACAGUUCUUUCAAAGAACAAAAGAUCCUGUCUUAGAAAUUUUGCAGCCAUUGCUUGGCAAGUCAUUCUAACAUACGAAGUAUCCUGAGGGACAACAAUUCCAUCUUCCAAUCUUUUUUGAUCCUCUGUUAAAUAAACAUCAAAGCUUUGCUUCACAUUCUGCUGUUUCCCUAAAAAGCAAUAAGAACCAUGUCCCUAAAAAGCAAUAAGAACCAUGUCCCUAAUAAGCAAGUGCCCUACAGGUAGCCAAAGUCAAUAAGCUCCUCAGUUGCUAAAUUGAUUCACUGUGGUAAGCACCUGUGCCCAAGUGCCCUACUUCCCUGACCCUCCUCCCUUACAUCCUUAAAUGAGAAUAGCAAUCCAAAGAAAACCUGUUUUUAUAGCCACUUUAUCUGUAACUUUACUUCAAUAACAGCAGAAUCAAUACAGUUUCAUAGUUUCUUGAUAAGCACCACCCUUGAUGAAGCACCCCCCUUUCCAAUCAGGGCCCCUCCUUUAAGCUGACAUUUUAACAGGCUCCCAGGUUUUAAUUUGAAGAAGUAGGGUAUUUAGAAUUUUUAUGAACUUGUCAUAGGCAUAGGAUUAUGAUUAUUGUACUUCCAUGAUUAGAAAUGGAGACCUGCAAGUGAGACUGAAAAUUGACUGUGAGAAUAAACAUUUUAUUGCCAGUUGUCAGAAGACAAUUUCAGUGUCACAUUUGGCCUCUUAAUCAGCUGGUAUUAAUCUGAAUGCCCCAACUGAAGUAGCAAUUAUUAUAAGAUGUCUUGAACAAAUUUUAUUGGAUUGUUUAUUCAUGCAGUAACAAAAAUUCUUUAUCCCUAAGGGCUGGCGGGCUGGUCUGUAUUACCUACUUGCAAAAGGUGCCAAUUGUUUGAUUGCUGACAAUGAUGGCAGACUUCCUCUUCAUGCAGCAACAUACUUCAGCAAUGAAAAGUACACAAUCAUUAUUAUUUUUUAAAUAUUAUAAUAUUAAUAUUUCUUUUGCAUAUAAGCUCUCUGUUUAGCCUGACCUCUCUGACUCUAAUAAACAUAAUGUCUGGAAACUUCAAAACGUUUUAAGAUUCUCUGUAAGAGACCUUAUCUCAUUUGUUGCUAAAUUGAGUAUGAGAAUACUCAAACUAACAGAUAGAAGUUGUUAUCAUGAUCUAACACCAAUUUCUCAUUACUAAUUUACAAGGAAAUCUGAAGCAGCUACAGAGCAGAAUUAACAAUUUGAUAUUGAGAGGUGCUUCUUAGCUCAGUAACCUACCUCUGUGCUUGGCAUGCUUUUAAUAUGGGUGAGACACUAAGACCUUCCCUCAGGUGUCAUAUUGUGAUGUAGUUUAUAGUGGAGUAAUUCUAGGUUGGUACAUUGGCAAGAGUAUGCCAAAAUAAAUGUACUCGUUGAGUCAGUUAUUUUCCACAGGGAAAGUUGGCAAACAAGGUGAGAUACUUAUCUGGUUGGAGCUUAUGAUUUCAGUUUCCAUUGCAACACUGACUAAUAAGAAGAAUUACUAUUUCAGCUUGGGAGCCAAUGGAAGUUGAAUGGGAGGGUAUGAAAUUAAUGGUUGAGAAUUGAAUGAAUGGCAACUAAUUCUGUUUGACAUAUCUCUUUUGCCACACAGGUCUCUUGAAGUUCUGCUGCAGCAUUUGUCACUUCAAGAUGUGGAUGUGAGAGAUAAUGAGGUAAGGUGUGUUAUGCAUGUCAGUCCAUCCUGUAACCAUAACUCACCACAUCAACAACAGAGUUUUAUUAUUCAUUUAACCACUGUUUAUGUAACAAACAAGGAUAGAAAAAUAGAAGGAAAGCCAGGGGAACAACAAUACAUACAAAUGCAGAAAAGAAGCAAAAAUCAGUGUUCUAAAUACUGAAUGUAAAGUUAAUUUUUAUUGUAGGGAAUGACAGCACUUCACUGGGCUGCAUUCCAUGGCAGGACAGGUCAUGUUAGAUUGCUGUUGGAAAAGAAAGCUGAUCUUCUGUCACGAGACACAGCUGGAAAAUUACCUCUCCACUGGGCUGCUCAGGUGUUAAAUACAUCUUUAACCUUUUACAUCUAACAUCAGUAUGCAAAUUCUCCAUACUGUUCAAUUUUUAUUUCCUCUGGUGCUUACCAGGAGAAUCUGUUUGACAAAUCGGAGCUUCUCAAAUUGGUGAUCAUUUCCUAUAUUCUCCUGAUCUGUACAAUUGAUUUUAAGGUGACACUGUAGGGAGAGAUCAGAUCCCAUUCACUCCGAGGAGUUCAACAGCUAAUUACUAAAAUGAACAGGCUUGCAUGUAAUUCGAUCUUGACUAUAUACCCAAAUUGGAACAUUUUGCAAUUUAAUUUUACUUAAUAUUUUUAUCGUUGUUUCUCCAUUAGAAUGGCUAUGUAUCAACUUGUCAAGUGAUGCUUGAAAUGUGCAACAGUCACAACCUUGUCAAUGGAAAAGACUUCUCGGGACGGUCACCCAUUCACUUAUCAGCUGCGGCAGGACAGUACUAUGUCCUUGUUGAACUGACUGCUGUCCCAUUUGCAAAUAUUGAAGCCUUGGAUAAUGAUGGCAGGUAAUAAUAGUCAAUCAGAUAACACAUGUAGAUGGUAAUCUUGUAGUGGGGCAUGCACAUUACUUUAUUUAUCAUUAUUAAGUGGUAAUCACUCUGUGACUGUUGACCCUUUGACCUUUAAGAGGGACUAGCAUCUAAUUUCUCCUUACAAUUUAACCCCUGAAUCAAAUGCUAAGGUCAGGAGAAUAAAGAAAAUGAUCCUAAACUAAGGAAACUCUUGAUUGUAAAACAAAUUCUCCUUGUCAGCACCUCAGAAAAAGUAUACAGAGCAGUAUGGAGAAUAUGUAUACUGAGGUUCUUGAACUAAACCCCAGUCAUUGAGCUUAUGAUAGCAGACCAAACUCAGAAUCUGAACAGCUGUGCACCUAGUCCCCUCCCCUAACUCAACAAUAACCCUUACCAGUUAUCAGUUGACUGUUGUUGGAUAAGGGGAGGGGAAGGUGAGCAGUUGCUUAGAUUCUGACUUUGGAACAGUGUGGAGAGAAUACAUAUUGAUGUUAGCACAAAGAGGGUUAUGAUCAUUUUGCACUCAACAGUAUAGCAUCAAGAAAAACUGAUUGUACCUUGGCUGAUGGUAAAGAUAAUCUAUGUUUUCUAGGAACUAACCUGUUUAUCAGUCCAUCUUUGAAAACAUUCGCAACUUCCAAAAAAAUGAAGUGUCUAUAACAUUAUUUAUUUUUGUGUGAUAGAACUCCUCUUCACUGGGCAGCAGCUACUGGGCAUGCUGAUUGUGUUGCUCAUUUGCUGAGACUUGAAAGUGACAAGGAAGCUGAAGACAAACAUGGUGGAACUCCAUUACAGUAUGCUCAACAGGGACACCACUCUGUCUGCUCUCAGUUGUUAAUGGCUCAUGAUCCUAAAAAUCCUCUUGCUACAGAAGUACCAGUGAGAAAAGGUAAUUCUGCUCUGAUUUUGUAAUUACAACAUAAAAAGGUUAAUGUUUUAUGAUGAAAGAAGACUAUAAUUGAAUACAUAACCCACCUGAGGAAAAGAAAUUUAACCCUUUAACUCACAUGAGUGACCAAGACAGAAUUUCUCCUUACAAUAUUUGUAUCAAUACAAUAUCAAGCAGACAAAUGAUGAUGAUAAAGAAGAGUACCAAUUAGGGGAUUAUUAGUUGAUCCAAUGACAAAUUCUCCAAACUAUCAUCAUAAGAAUUGUUUGGGGACAGUGAGGAGAAUUUCUAAUUAGAUCUUGGGAGUGAGAGAAUUAAGGGGUUUACUCAUAACUAACAGAAUCAGACAAAGCAGUCAAAUACCUAUCAUGUUCUGGAAUACAUUUUUUCCUUUGUCUGCAUGGCUACUACAAAAUCUUUGGAAAACACAGACCAUCAUCGUUGUGGGAAAAGUAAUGAUGCUGAUGUUGGCAACCUUAACUUGGGUUUCCUGUGUAGAUCACUUCUUGAUGAAGAUUAUUAGGAAACUCAAUAUCACAAUUGGUUUACAUAGGUCUCUCCCGAGAAAACUUUUGUCACAGUGUGUAGAUAACUGUUUAAACCCUACUCAGGUUGAACUCUUAAAAGCGUACCAUCGAUCAGUAUGCAUAUUCUCCAUACUGUUCUCCAUACAUUUGCUAAGGUUCUGACAAGGAGAAUUUGUUUAACAAUCAAGGGGUUCUUUAAUUAGUUGGUGUUCUUUUCUUUUUUUUCUUGUGACCUCAUAAUCAUGUGAUUCAGGGGUGAUAUUGUGAGGAGAAAUUAGGUGCUCGACACUCUGAGGGGUUAUAAAGAGUUAAAAGAUGUACCAUUGCAAGUCUGAUGUGAAUUUGAAAAAAUGUGAGAUUGAAUUUAUGUUACAAGACUUAUAAAGAUUUUUAUAGAAAGAUUUUUGGCUCUUUGAACUGAUAUCAACAAAGACCACAUUUAGAAUAACUGAACCGUACUAAAAAUUUUAUUUGGAUAAUCAUACAUGCUCAAUAAUAUCUAUCUCUAUUCUCUGAGUUGAAUAAGUCUUUAAAGGGCUAAAAAAAUAUUAGUGCUUCUUCUGUCUGAUCAUAUUAAUUUUUCGGAAUUAAAUUGAUCACUAUAGAGUCUUACAUUGCAGACUUAAUGAACAUUGGAAUCACAUGCAAAUGAAAAAAAUUAUAAGCUGGUGAUCUGAUGUUGAAAUGAAAACAUUUUAUGAAAUUACAAUCAUUAAAAAUAGGGUAGCUAUAAUUUUUUUUUUGUGCAGAGUUAAAGAUGUACACAACCCUCUGUGGGUAUUGUGAUGAUGUUUUCUACAUAAUUUUGUGACAUCCAGUUUUGUUGCUUGUGUUGAGGUUUUACAACAGAGUGAAAUAAUAUUCACCUUAAGUGACUUCAGGUUUUUAUUUCCCCUCCAGCUGCUCUUUUUCCUAUUAUGUCCUUUUGGCUGUUUUUUGAUAUGCAAAUUUACACCUGCCUCUGUACGUACAAAUAAUUAUUGUUUUUAUGUUUUGCAAAAAACAAUCUUAGUAUUGUUGCUAAAUAGAGGACUUGCAAUGUGAAAACUCUUGUAAAUGUGGCUUAUGAUGAUGAAGCAAGAAAUUUGUCUUGCCCUAUAUUUUAAAUACCACUAAAUAAAUUUUUUUAAUUUGUAUAAGUUUUACAUUUGAUCUCUUUCUUGGCUGUUUUUAAUUAUCAAAACAUACCUUUUUUAAUUUUACAAGAAGUAGCUAGGCUUCUGUCUUCAAUUAAUUCAUCUUUUGUUUGGGGUUUGUUUGCUGAAAUUAAAUGCUGUUUGAAAUUUGCAUUUUAGACAAGAGACAGGUUCUGCCCAGUGUGUGGUAGAUAAAAUCAGUUUUAGAUUUGCAUGCUAUUUUGAACACAUGAUUGUUGCCGCUGAUUACAUGGUUGGAGUUUACUUUUCAAAACCGGUGGACACUGUAUUAUUUAUAUCAGACUGUGAACUCUUUUGUGUAUAAAGUAAGUACUUAAUUCAUCCAUGUAGUUUUUAAAUAUUCAUUUGGUUUAUGGUAAGAGUGUCUGUUCAGAGGGUCAUUAUGUUACUUUUAGCUUUCGUUUUAUAUGUAUGGAGGUUCUCAAGUGAUUGUUUUUAUGUGGAAAUGUGUCAAAUGCAGGUACGCAAAUAUUCACUGUCACAUACUUUCCAUUUUUAGACUAAGAGGCCUUUGUGAAACAAUAACAUGCAGCUUAUUGCUGCAGUAUACUUUAAAGAACUGAUUUUCAAUUGGUAAAAAAAAAAUUAUGAAUUUGCUUUCAUGCAUAUUAUCUAACAUUUAGAUAUAAUAUUAGCUUUAAAAUUGUUUAGAGUUUUAACACAUUUGAAGCAUAAUUCUGUUAUGAAUUUCAGUUCUAGUAAGUUGCAGGUAUAUUCUGUGGAUUUUCGUUCACCGUUUUGUCAGGAGAGCAUUUCACAGUCGAGCUUGAUUCAUUUUUCAAUGUACAAUUUUACAGGGAUAAGAAAUUAUGAUAUAACUUUUAAUUGUUCUAUAAAAUGUAUAUAUUAUUAAACUUUGUACCAUGGAAUAUGAUAAGAUUUUUUAAAAUUGUUAUGUUUUCUUUAGCGGCCAAUUGUGUGCAUAUCUUUACCUUAAUAUCUUGCCUGCAAGUUCUGUGAGUUGAGAUACACCAUACACAUUCCACUCUGAUUUUUUUCAGUCAAAGGCAGGAAUUUCUUGUAUCCUAAGUACCAGAAUUUUCUGAUUAAGAGUAUAUUUAUUCAAUCACAUCCAAAGAUACAUCAGAUUUUCAAAACUGUUCUAAAUAUUUUUAGUGAUGUUCCAAACAUGUUCUUAUCAGGUGUCACAGAGUGUUAAUACAUUCAAACUAGUCUUCGGUGGACUUUCUUCCACAAACAAAGACUUUUCUUUUCUUGUACUGAAAUGUAAGUUCAUUUAACAUUUUACUUUUAUAGGAAUGUGUCAUAUUGCAGAGAAAUGAAAAAAAAAAACAAAGCAAAACAAAGAAUCUUCACCUGUCUACAUACAGUUUCUCAACUUUGUGCCAAUUAAAAUGAACAAACAUUCUAGCUUUCACCUUGUUAAGGCAGACAUGGUUUUUUUUAAAUAUGAAAAAACAUUAUUUAAAACUUAAGAUGCUCUCAGACCCACAUUGUUAGAUUAAAGCUUGUCAUUAAUUUUCCACUUUUUUUUUUUUUUAAUCACUAUAUCAAUGUGACUAUGGCUGCAGAAAACAGUAAAAACAUCAGAACUAAUUUCAUUUUAGACCAAAUUUUUAUCCUUAUCUUUACCAUAAGAUAAACUAACUUUCAUAACUAAAUUCCUUCCUCUCUGACCCUACUACAGGAAAAUCUCAAUGUGCUAUUUCUUAUUGAAGGUUUUUCUUUUCCUGUAAAUUCUCUUUGUAAUAGGUUCACCUGCAGAAAGUCUUCCUGUUCCUGAAAAUAGUCGACGUGGAUCAGAUGGUGUCCAGCUUUUUAAUCAAAUCCAUGAUGGAGUAACAAAUGGUUUUGAUUCUCAGCUUCAAACAGAUCCCAGUGAUUCAGAGGUGCAAGAAAUCCUUGGCAACAGUACGACAACUGUACAAGUUCUUGUGGAAAUGAACCGAGAAGAAGAGGAUGGCAUAGAAACAGGUUGGGGACUGAUCAAGCAGAGUUUGAUUUUUUUGCAUGUCUCUUGCUCCCCCCUAUAGUGAGGAUUCUCAGUAUCCUAGAAUCUUUAGCAAAUCUUGUUUGCAAUUUCGAGAUUCUCUUGAAGAUGAAAUGGGUUAGAAAUAUUUUGCAUUGUAGUAGUUUUUGGGUCUCUUUUCAGAAGCCAAGGGCAGUGCAUAUAAACUAUGCACUUGAUUUUAUACUUUUUUUUUUUUUUUUUUUACAGUUGAGAAAAUGUUAAUUUUUUAUUGUUUCCUUUGUUUAUUUGUUUUAUUGGAGAUCAUGUUAUUUUGUUGUGAUUUUCUCUUAUAUUACUGACCAGGUGGAUACUGCAACUGUGCAGUGAAGUUAUGCAUGCAUAGUGACUAAUUUUCGGGGUAUUUUCUGUACAGGGGACAUGGUUUCAUUGCUGCAUGAUGUUAGUGCAUGGCCCAGUAUUACACCCCCGGCAUCACCCUGUAGGUUGAUAUCAUCUUUAUCUACUGUAAUGUAGAUAAAAAUUUAAAAAUGAGUUCUUUCUUUCACGUUAAUGUAGAUAGACAAUUAGACAUAGUUAAUCAUCGCAAGCUUCAGGAGCUUGUAGGAUCAGCAGUGAUUGUUAUAAGUGCAGGCUCUCAUUGCACCUUUGCUACUGCUGGCUCCUUGAGAUUUAGAGCAGUUGUGUAUCACCUGUUCCUCAAUGAUCCACAGGGCUUUAGUAGUUUUUUUUUUUUUCAAUUAUUCCUUCACACCACCCCCCCUCCUUAUUCCCCUUCCACCAACUCAAAUAGUGUUAGAACUGAAGAUACUUUGAUUUUAUCAACUGAGUUGUGAUAAUGUUUUAAACUGGAAAAUGAAGUUUCAAGGUGUUAAGUCUUUACCAUUCCCUCUGUCAAAGGGCUACUGCUCAAAACAUCCUUUUAGAAACCCUUUACGGCAGCCAAUUUGCAUGAUCACAACUCAGUUUAUAAAACUCAGUCAUCUUAUUGUACCACCACUGAUGGAAUACCACAGUUGCUACAAGACUUGCUCCUUCUAUCAACUAAUGUUAGCUGGUGCCUUGAGCGGAGACUCAUGGCAGUCUUAUAUCUGGGGGUCUGCAAGCCACUUAAGGGAAGACUCUGAAUAUUGUAGACACCUACCUUUUACAUUAGUAAGGUAGCAGUUUAAGUGGCAAAUUACAUUGUUUUUACUAUGUAAAAAUUUAAACUUUUAAAACUUUUUCUCAUUUGGUAAGUGGUUUUGGUUGGUAUUUAUACCACCAGGCAACUGGCUCUGCCGGAUUACAAGUACAUGAAUCUAAGGAUUAUAGGUACAAUUAUUAAGUAAGUUUUCUUCUUGAGAAAUGUCCUCUAGUGAUUGAAGGAAUCUUUUCCUAGAUUUCCUUCAUCCCAACUUGAAUGGAGAGCGUGACACAGGCGGCUACAGCAGUGAGGAGGACAGUCGCUACCCCCCACAGAUGGCUCUCACACCCAUACCAUCCUCACCCGUACCCCCAGAGGAUGGCAAGCACAGCAAUCCAACAAGACCACCCAUCUUGCCAAGAUUUAGUUUUGAGGUAUGACUCAGUUGCCUGAUCAGUCAGUUUCUCUUAAUGAAUUUUACAUUACGACAGUCAAUUACCGUUGUAGUGAAAAUUUCUGUUCGAGGUAAUUGGGUAUCGAUGAAGUUUGAAGAAAUUAAAUAAAAAAGAUCUUUAACGGAAUUUAAAUUGGGGGUCUCAGGCAAUUGGGUUGUCUCGCGCAGAUUUUUUUAGAGGUAUGUCGAUCUCUCAAAAUAUGUACUAAGAUCCGGAAUUGAUGAGAAUUGCUUUGUUUCAAAAACUUCAAUUGGUACUCCACCUGUGGGCUGACCUGUUUUCUCUAGGACUGAUGCAAAAUUUCUCAGCAGUCACGAGAGGUGCGGGCCACAUUUUACCUCGUAUUUGACAAGGAGGGUAGCAAAGGGUUUUUACUUGACGCGUAAUUAAUGCCAAAAUCAAUAUGUGAUGCGUUGAUUUUACAGAGAACCGAGCGUGAUUCGUGAAUUUAUGAAUCAGAGUAAGGCGUGAUUUGCCUCCUGAAAUAUACGCGACCCGUGAUUCUUUUUUCUGUUAGCUCGUGAAAACUUCAAGAUUUCCCUGAAACCUCGUACACGAGGGGAGAGAUUUGAAGUUUCCCUUUUAAAUAUGUAACGCGUGCAUCAAAACGGGAUCGGGGCCCCUUUUCUUUACAAAGUUUCCUCUUUAAAUUUCUCGAAAGUGAACAUCACGGAUUCUUUUCACAACCACUUUUUUUUCCUUUUUUUUUUUCAGGAUCAAGCCCCCAUUGUAAGACCUUCAGGCGCUCCAGUUCCUGCCCUUGCACCUAUCAAAUCAAAGACAAUGCCUGAAAGGUUACGACUGGACAACUACAAACCCACCCCGCUGAAACCAGUAGAAAUGAAGCCACCCUCCCCAUCCACAGAGUUACUUUUGGCACCACUGAAGAUAGCUAAAGCAAAACAAAGCCCCGUACCAGUGAAUGCAAAAACGCAGCAUUCGAGUCCUACUACAGGUAGUCCGAGAGAAGCGGGGACUCCAGAUAGUAAUGACAUAUACUGGGCGCGUAAAGGAAAAGUGAAGGCUGACACGCUCACACUUAACACUGUCAGGUUUGUUUCCAGCUAAGUUCUGGAGAAUGAUUUGAAAAUCUCUUGCUACAUUUUUCUUCGUUCCGCUCCAGAUAUUAUAACUACGCAAUUGGCUCCAGUUGCAUUUGUUGGCACACCAUUAGGUCCAUUUUUCCUGCGCUUAGCACCAAUUGCAUUUGUUCGCGCCUUCGGCACCGAUUGAACUUUUUGCAUUUUUCUCGCGUAUGAAGCUAGUUUUUUUCCUCGUAGUUAGCAUAAUUUACCUUUUUUCCUUGUUUGACACUAGUUUUUUUCUUUCUUUGCGUUAGGCAACAGUUGUUUUGUCAAGAAAAAGAUCUAUUUAAUUGUCUCACUUUGUAGUCGUCUUUUUUCAUUUCUCAGUGAUAAUUUGGAGUCAGAUUUAUACCGUAAGGUGAAAGACAAGCGUCCUUCCGCAGCUAGUGCUGCUGGCCAGAUCCUGCCUGCAAUCUCAGACAAAUCGAGUCACGUGACCCAAGUUCAAGGAUCCAGGCAGGAUCAGUUAGGUUGGUAUUUUUUUUUUUUUUUUGGGGGGGGGGGGUAUCAAAAAUAACCCCACGGGUUUGUUGGGGCAUCAGAAAUUGAUUAAUUAGUGUCUUUGACUCAGAUUUUAUUGUUUAUACUCGUGAGUCGAUGACUCUUUUGCUAUCCAGGUAUUAGCCGACAAAUUUCAUCACAAAUUUUGAGUUUUGCUUGCUUAGAACUCUCAUAAGUUGUAAGUAAUGUGUUAAUUGCGGUUUAUAAAGCGGAUCGUUUAUUUUCCAGAGGCAAAAAAGAAACACAGGAGAAGAACUUCGAAAAACCGUAGUAUUCCAGAAGAUUUAGGUAAGCUCUACCGUAGCUUUGCAGCUAAGAUAGCUGCCUCGCUAACGAGUACACCUCACAGUUGUCUUUUAAUUAGAAUAAUUUUUCCGUGUCUUUCUAGAUGUAACGGACGGGUUUGUCGAAGAGACCGUUGAAGAAGACGCCAAGUCAAACAGAAGUGUAGGAAAUUUGAAAGAAAAACCGAAGAAAAAGAAGAAAGUACGGAAAGUUAUGAGCUGGAACUUUUGAUGAGAAUUCUAGAGAUGUCUUAAAAAUGCUCAAAGACACUUAGUGGCACACGGCCUCAGGUACAUCUACUUGUAGAGCUCAGAGACACGGCGGAUAUAUGUCCCUGUGGGGGGGACUUCAAACAGAUGGAGCUUAGCCUCACGAAAACGAGGCGAAUAUGCUAGGGCCCCUAACACAUUUUCAGAGCCCCCACUCCCUUACCCCAUUCUUCUCUUUGUUCCGACUCGAAGAACGAGGAGUAGAAUGAGAGGGAUUACCAUGAGCGAAAGGAUUAAACUCCUUUUCACGUGGAAAGUGUAUUACAUGAUCAUCGAUUUUGUCAGCCUUGGUAUGAGAUGCCGUAAAUGAUUAGAGGCUGGUCAUGACCUUCCCUAUUUUUGCGCUCGUUUGAUAACAUGGAGCAUUCAUAUUCUGCGCAGACUACGUGCCUUUAGAAGGUAAAAAUACAAGAAAGACUUUACUAUCAGAGAUCGCUCCUAGUUUAUCGCCAGGGAAGGGGAGAGGGGGGUUAAGCUGAAAGGCAUGUUCUUUUGACGACUGUACAACUGCUGAGCUUCUUAAAUGAAAUUUUAGCUUUAAGGGAGGGGGGGGUCCUUCUCAACUACAUGGCCAGUUGCUGUUGAAAAAAUUUACGGCCAUAUCUUCCGUUCCAGAACGACAUGCUUUUCUGCAUAAAAUGUAAAUAAUUUCCCUUAAAAAUUAUUUUAAUUACCCUUUGAGACGCGAAAACUUUUCACACUUGCCGCCAAUUUUUGUGGUCGGUCGCGGGCUGGGACUUCUCACGCGAGAGUACCACUGACAAUUCUUUGGCUUAAUUUGUUCUUAGCAACAGCACUUGUAUUUACGAAGGAACCCUCUCAAAUAAAUAUCUUCUGCAUUCUACCAAUACAUUAGGAUUGACUGAACCUUUCAGUGAUCUGUGGCCUGCAUAUUCAGGCUCCUGAAGAAGGCAAGAGGGGAGAGGAGAGAGGUUGAAUGGGAUAAAAGUGUUGACUGUCAUUGACGACUGCUCCUCUCUCCGACCUUAUCUUAUCAACAAAUCUUACACUCCCACCCCCUCCCCCUCCGGCGAUAAAUUAUAGCUUCUUUCUUCAGGGAAGUCAUUUUAUUUGUGAUGUACCUUUAUGCUGUCUCACAUACAACUAAUUACAAAGAGCCUUCUAUCAAUGGACAACAACAACAAAAAAUAAUCCUCGCGGUAAACUAUUUUCGACGUAAAUAGCAAACCAUUUCCUGUGAUUUAAAUUUCCUAUGGAGCUCUUAAGAAGUAAAAGGGGGGUGCGCAUAGUCUCGUAUUUAGACCUUCCACGGCCAAGCCGUUCCAGUUACAUGGUAGGAUCUAGGGUGUGCGUCCCAUAACUAGGUUUUACAGACCGCACACAGAAGUUCAUUAGAACCAUUGCAGUCCAAUGAAAAUGAUCAUAACUGUUGUAUAAAUUUUUACUAUUUGUCAGAUGUUGAAAUCAUUUCAUAUUUUAUGAAAGAAUGAAUGCUUAACGACCAAACAAACCAUACGUUUUAAAUACUAAUCAUGAACGAUUUCAAUUUGUAUAGGGUUGAGCGAAGUAUUUAUUAUGAAUCGAUGUAGAUAUAUUUUAAGACAACGGAUAAGUCGAAAAAAAUCCUUAAAAAAUUGCAAUCUCGUCCCCAUGGCCUUUUCCCUUACUUGGGGGUGGGGCGGGCUACCCCCAAGUAAGGGAAAAGACGAUGGGAACGAGGUUGAAGAAAAUUGGUCAAGGUAAUUGUCGGGAUCAAUGUUAAUAUCUGAGAAAAUGCGCUUCCACAAUUCCCCUAACGCAGCUUUAGGGGAAGGGGUAGGUGUGCAUUUCCUUUGACAUUGAUGCAAAUGUCGCCUGUGUCAGGAGAUGGGCUCCUGUCUUUGUCUUGCUCCUCCGAAAACAUAAAUGGACGUGGAAUGUUUUGGACGAAAUAUGUUUCCUAAUGAUAACUGUGCUUUUCGUUUCAUUUUGAAAAAUUUAACCGUCCUCGUUAACGAGCUGUUACCACGGCUCUUUUUAUGAUUGUUUGAGAGAAAGAUUAAUGACUUUGGUAACAAGGCUAUUAUCGAUAUAUUCGGUAACUGAGCUAAUGGCUUCAAAUUUAUUUAAUAAUUUAAUUGAAUUCUAUAAUACAGAUAUAAAAUAUUUAUUAUGAAAGCAAUAGACAAUUUUAUUAAUUUAUCAGACAUU